CCAAUAGGGGAUAGUCCUAUCGCCAGGAUCAGUACAACACACGUUUGCAAGACUCAAUCUUUGGCAUCCAACCUGGUAUGUUUGUCGUCACUUGCACUCCAUCUUGACCUAUACAAAAAAAAUGAUCAAAUCAUUCAUCCCGUCAAUUUUACAACCGGAUUACACUUGGCCACGGCCGAUGCCGCCCAGAAUCCUUCAGACCACACCGCCUGUACCACAUGUACCAAGCAAAACCGUCAGAAUACUAUGGGGUAUCGUCCAUAAAGCCCUAUAUCAUUUUUCUCGAUGGUACUGUUCUUGGUUUGGCAUUCAUUUUGAUGCCAGUAUUGUGCAACUACCGUUUGGACUUGUUAUGAAAUGGACAGAUCGGACGAGCCUCGAGGAAGCUAUCUCCAUGCAAAUGGCAAGAGCUGCUGGAAUGCCUGUUCCCAGACUCAUAAGCUGCGGCGAACACCCAAAUGAUCCAUUCAAUGCGUUUUUUUCAAUCCUAAUGACGAGACUGCCGGGUGUUCCCCUCGAGAAUUCAAUGGACGAGUUGCAACCUGAUGCUGAAGAACCCUGGCUGGAAGAAUUGAAAAUAUGCGUUCAAUCCAUGCGUCUAUGGCAUCCUCCUAGCCAAGAGAUCAUUUGCUCUCCUAUUGGAACCAAAAUUCGAAGCUCACGCGUUCCUCAUCACGUUAUGGGUCCUUUUGCAGACCAGGAGGAAUUUCACAGAUAUCUCUUAUCUCCUGCUUCAGCACAUGGGUUUAAAUCCGUCGCAGAAUAUGAAGACGCCCUUUUACGCGCAAAGAAGCUACAAGAACGCCACUAUCGGAUAGUGUUUACUCAUGGAGAUUUCAAAGCUCACAACAUUCUUGUUGGCGAUGAUGGACACCUGUCUGGAUUCCUUGAUUGGGAAUCGGCAGGCUGGUAUCCUGAAUAUUGGGAAUUCACAACGGCGAUGCGGUUUGGAAGAAAUAGCUGGUGGUUCCAAGUGGCCUCUUGGAUGGGUGGAAAUCAGUACCUCGAUGAGUUACAAAGCGACAUCGCUUUAAACCUAUUGACCGUUGAUUCUUAUAUAGCUUUAUAAUAAGAUAUUUGUGAUGCUAUUAAUAUCUACCCUUUUCAUAGUUCAUAUAGGAGUAUAGACAGUAACUGUCUCC